GCGAAGGUGGUUGGUUUAACCAAACGUUCAGUCCAGACCUCAGCCGAAACCGUUUGGUCGGUCAACCCAGUGGUAGAGUGCCGCUCGAAGCAGUUGUUCCUCGCGCCAUCUAUUGACACCAGAACAAGAAAGAGAAACCAAACAUUCGGAGAGAGAAGGAGAGAUGUCAACUCUGAUCGCAGUGACAGAAGAUGAACGACGGCAACCUCUUCUACUCCAUAAUGCUCCACUUUCAAAUGCCAACGAACGCGAGUCAGAGAUCGUACCUUCCUCAUCAUCCAACGAAGCAGACGCACAGCCGCCACCUAAUCAACGUCUUAUUUCUCUUGACGUAUUCCGUGGACUCACCGUCGCGCUCAUGAUUUUAGUUGAUGAUGCCGGAGGAGCUUUUCCUUCCAUUAAUCAUUCCCCAUGGUUUGGUGUGACACUAGCAGAUUUCGUGAUGCCAUUUUUCCUCUUUGUUGUUGGUGUUUCUAUCGGUUUGGUAUUUAAGAAAAUAUCUAGCAAAACAAUUGCAACCAAGAAAGUCAUACUGAGGACAAUUAAACUAUUUCUUCUGGGUUUGCUGUUGCAAGGUGGGUAUUUCCAUGGGCGAAACCAUUUAACUUAUGGGGUUGAUGUGAGCAAGAUACGUUGGAUGGGUGUACUACAGAGGAUUUCAAUUGGGUAUUUCUUCGCUUCAAUGUCAGAGAUCUGGCUUGUGGACCAUAUCAUCGUUGACUCUCCUUUAGCUUUUGUGAAGAAAUACUACGUUCAGUGGAUGGUUUGUUUCUUACUGUGCUUAUCUUAUAUGUGCUUAUUGUAUGGUCUUUAUGUUCCAAAUUGGGAAUUUGAAGCUCCAAGCAUAAAUCUGUUUGCUUAUGGAUCUGGUACUCAAAAUGUGACAUGUGGAGUGAGGGGAAGUCUUGAACCACCUUGUAAUGCCGUUGGCCUGAUUGAUAGAUUCUUUCUCGGUGAACAUCAUCUGUAUCAGCGUCCUGUGUACAGAAGGACAAAGCAAUGCAGUGUGAAUUCUCCUGACUAUGGACCUAUGCCACCAAAUGCACCUGCAUGGUGCCUCGCUCCAUUUGAUCCUGAGGGUCUUUUAAGUUCCUUGAUGGCUGCUGUUACAUGUUUUUUGGGGUUGCAUUUCGGGCAUAUAGUUGCUCAUUUUAAGGACCACAUGGAGAGGGUGCUCUUGUGGACAAUGUCUUCUUUCUCUUUGCUGAUUACUGGAUAUGUUUUGGAACUGCUUGGCAUUCCUUUUUCUAAACCACUGUAUACAUUGAGCUAUAUGUGCAUCACAACAGGAGCAUCAGGCCUGCUUUUAACUAUUUUAUUUUAUAUAGUUGAUGUCAAACAUUUUAGAAAACCCGUAGUGAUACUUCAGUGGAUGGGAAUGAAUGCGCUCAUAAUAUAUGCUUUGGCUGCCUGUGACCUUUUCCCAGCAGCCCUGCAAGGUUUCUAUUGGCAAUCAACUGAAAACAACUUGGUUAAUGGCACAGAAUCACUGUUGCAACACAUGCUUCAUUCUCAUAAAUGGGGCAAACUAGCUUUUGUAAUUGUGGAAAUCCUUUUCUGGGGCCUAGUUGCUGGUUUUCUACACAUGAAAGGCAUAUAUGUAAGACUGUAAAAGCCAGAGCUCCUUCAAAUCAUCCAAAGGAGCAAGAGCGAGAGAGAGAGAUGGCCAGUGAGAAAGGUAAUGCUGAAGUGACGAACAUCCAAAAUGACAGCAACCAUGAAAAUUCAACUGAAUCCUCAGUUCAUAGCAAGGCAUUGACUACACAUGGGUUUGGAAAAGCGCUUGCACAUAGAGCACUCUACGGAUCAAGCAGCCGCAGAGCUGGAAGCAGAAAGGUUAGAAACAAUAACAUUGACGCAAGAACAUUGCCUAGUAGACUAAGUAAGGUUUCUUUGGCUGAUGAAGCAGAAAAUUAGUGGAAAAACUGCUUCAUUUUUGAAUUUAAUACGACUCUCAGCUAAAUAAUAGUAUUUACUCUUUAAUGAUAGAUUGUAUAAAUAGUUCUGCAUGUUCUGUUAUAUUUCUUCUUUUUAUAUAUUUCUUCGACUCCAUGCACUGAAUAGAGAAAAUAUAAUAGUUCAAUCUCUGAC